CACACGGGGAGCAUCCCUGAACGGAGGGAGCGCUCUUUUCGGGUUGACAGUCUGGAAGAAUCACUGUCUUACAUUUUGUCACGUUUCAUAACAGACUGUGUGUGACGCCGCAGAAUGAUCCCGGGCCCUGCCGAGCCUUGUGGAUUCUGAGGCCCCGCACAGAGAUCCACCUUGCACCGGCAAAAAAAAGAGGACCCUGACUGACCGCGUCGCCUCCAGCAGCAGCAGCAGCAGCAGGCAGCCCGAGUCAGAAUGUCAAGUAGCCCUGAAGGAAGCCUCUCCAGGGGCGGCGGCUCCGACCGUGACUUGAAAAUGGCCUCUUCGAACAGCACGUCCCCUGAGGGUGGACCUCCACCACCGCUGCACCAGAACCGUAUACGGCAGUCUGACAGCAACACCAGUUUCCUGCGGGCUGCCAGAGCGGGAAACAUUGACAAAGUCCUGGACUUCCUGAAAAAUGGAGUAGACAUCAGCACCUGUAACCAGAAUGGUUUGAAUGCACUACAUCUGGCAGCGAAGGAGGGACACAAGGACUUAGUGGAGGAGCUGUUGGAGAGGGGAGCACCUGUUGACUCAGCAACCAAGAAAGGAAACACUGCCCUCCAUAUUGCCUCACUGGCUGGACAAAAAGAAGUAGUCAGACUACUGGUGAAGAGAGGAGCAGAUGUCAACUCUCAGUCACAGAAUGGCUUUACUCCACUCUACAUGGCAGCCCAAGAGAAUCACUUGGAGGUGGUGCGAUAUAUGUUGGAAAAUGAUGGGAACCAAAGCAUUGCAACAGAGGAUGGCUUCACUCCACUGGCCAUCGCUCUCCAGCAGGGCCACAACUCAGUGGUCUCCCUGCUGCUGGAGCACGACACCAAGGGUAAGGUCCGCCUCCCGGCCCUGCACAUCGCAGCCCGCAAAGACGACACAAAGUCUGCCGCACUGCUGCUCCAGAACGACCACAACGCUGAUGUCCAGUCUAAGAUGAUGGUCAAUAGAACCACAGAGAGUGGGUUUACCCCUCUGCACAUCGCAGCUCACUAUGGUAACGUGAAUGUCUCCACCCUGUUGCUGAACAGAGGAGCUGCUGUGGACUUCACAGCCAGGAAUGGGAUAACGCCUCUCCAUGUGGCGUCCAAGAGAGGCAACACCAACAUGGUGGCCCUGCUGUUGGACCGUGGGGCUCAGAUAGAUGCUAAAACCAGGGAUGGGCUGACCCCCCUGCACUGUGCAGCCAGGAGUGGACACGACCCAGCAGUGGAAAUUCUGCUGGAGAGAGGAGCUCCCAUCUUAGCCAGAACUAAGAACGGACUCUCGCCUCUGCACAUGUCUGCCCAGGGAGACCACAUAGAGUGUGUUAAACUCCUGCUGCAGCACAAGGCGCCUGUUGAUGAUGUCACACUGGACUACCUCACAGCGCUGCACGUCGCAGCUCACUGCGGCCACUACAGAGUCACCAAGCUUCUGCUGGACAAGAAGGCCAAUCCCAAUGCUAGAGCACUGAAUGGUUUCACUCCUCUCCAUAUCGCUUGUAAGAAGAACAGGGUGAAGGUGAUGGAACUGUUGGUCAAAUACGGAGCCUCCAUUCAGGCCAUCACUGAGUCUGGCCUGACUCCCAUCCAUGUAGCUGCCUUCAUGGGCCACCUCAACAUCGUUUUACUUCUGCUACAAAACGGAGCAUCUCCUGACGUCCGUAACAUUCGUGGUGAGACAGCUCUCCAUAUGGCAGCACGAGCAGGUCAAAUGGAAGUGGUUCGCUGCUUGCUGAGGAACGGAGCGUUGGUGGAUGCCAUAGCCAGGGAGGACCAAACUCCCCUCCACAUAUCAUCCCGUUUGGGGAAAACUGACAUAGUCCAGUUGCUGCUGCAGCACAUGGCACAUCCAGAUGCCGCCACCACCAACGGCUACACUCCCCUCCACAUUUCCGCCAGGGAGGGCCAGGUAGAAACUGCUGCGGUGCUGCUAGAGGCUGGAGCUUCACACUCACUGGCCACGAAGAAAGGAUUCACUCCACUACAUGUAGCAGCUAAGUAUGGAAGUCUCGAUGUAGCAAAACUUCUCCUUCAACGCAAAGCUCUUCCUGAUGAUGCUGGCAAGAAUGGCUUGACUCCGCUACAUGUGGCAGCUCAUUAUGACAACCAAGAAGUAGCUCUGCUUCUGCUGGAUAAAGGAGCAUCGCCUCAUGCUACGGCAAAGAAUGGCUACACUCCUCUCCACAUCGCAGCCAAAAAGAAUCAGACGAACAUCGCAUUAGCGCUGCUGCAGUAUGGAGCAGAGACCAAUGUCCUGACCAAGCAGGGAGUCAGCCCUCUACACCUGGCAGCCCAGGAAGGACACGCUGAGAUGGCCAGCCUGCUGCUGGUCAAAGGAGCUCACGUCAACACAGCCACCAAGACCGGACUGACACCACUGCAUCUCGCAGCCCAAGAGGACAGGGUCAGUGCAGCAGAAGUACUCACCAAACAUGAUGCCAACUUGGAUCAGCAAACUAAGCUCGGAUAUACCCCUCUAAUAGUGGCCUGUCACUAUGGAAAUGCUAAGAUGGUGAACUUCCUGUUACAGCAAGGUGCUAGCGUCAAUGCCAAAACAAAGAAUGGAUACACACCACUUCACCAGGCAGCACAACAAGGGAACACACACAUUAUUAAUGUGUUGCUACAACAUGGAGCCAAGCCCAAUGCUACUACAGUGAAUGGAAACACUGCUCUGUCCAUUGCCAGACGUCUGGGUUACAUCUCUGUCGUGGACACAUUAAAAGUCGUCACUGAGGAGGUCAUCACUACCACAACGACGGUCACAGAGAAACACAAGCUUAAUGUUCCUGAGACCAUGACUGAGAUCCUUGAUGUGUCUGAUGAAGAAGCUCUGAGGCUGGAAGACGAGCCAUUAUCUGAGAUGUCUGUGGAGCUGGAAGGUGAGGACACGAUGACAGGUGACGGAGGAGAGUAUCUGAGAGCAGAGGAUCUAAGAGAGCUGGGAGAUGACUCUCUGCCAGGACACUACCUGGACGGGUUCAGCUACAUGAGCCACAACCUGGACAGGCCACAGCACACUCCCAUUCACCAAAGUUACCAUCAGAGAGAGGGAGUUCUCAUCGAAGAUAUGCUUACAAGCCACCAGGUGUCGGCACUGUCUAGAGAGCACGACAAGGACUCAUUCCGUCUGAGCUGGGGUGCUGAGCACCUUGAUAAUGUCGUGCUGUCCUCCAGUCUGCUUCACUCUGGCCGUUCCUCUCCGUGCCUAGACCAUGACAACAGCAGCUUCCUGGUUAGCUUCAUGGUAGAUGCCAGGGGCGGGGCCAUGCGUGGCUGCCGUCACAACGGCCUGCGAAUCAUUGUGCCACCAAGAAAGUGUUCUGCACCCACGCGGGUGACGUGCAGGCUGGUGAAGAGACACCGUCUGGCCUCUAUGCCUCCUAUGGUGGAGGGUGAGGGGCUGGCUGGUCGCAUCAUUGAAGUGGGACCCACUGGAGCCCAGUUCUUGGGUAAGCUCCACCUUCCUACAGCUCCGCCCCCUCUAAAUGAGGGUGAGAGCCUGGUCAGUCGCAUCCUGCAGCUGGGUCCUCCAGGAACCAAGUUCCUCGGGCCUGUGAUUGUGGAGAUUCCCCAUUUUGCAGCCCUGCGGGGAACAGAAAGAGAGCUAGUGAUCUUGAGGAGUGAGACGGGGGAGAGCUGGAGGGAACACCACUGUGACUUCACUGAAGAGGAAUUGAACCAGAUACUGAAUGGCAUGGAUGAAAAACUUGAUUCCCCUGAGGAGCUUGAAAAGAAAAGAAUAUGCCGUAUCAUCACCCGAGACUUCCCACAAUAUUUUGCGGUGGUGUCACGGAUAAAGCAGGACAGUCAUUUGAUUGGACCAGAGGGCGGGGUCCUCAGUAGCACUCUUGUUCCCCAGGUCCAGGCUGUCUUCCCUGAAGGAGCACUCACCAAGAAGAUCAGAGUUGGGCUUCAGGCUCAGCCCAUUGAUGUUGAGGUGGUAAAAAAGAUUCUUGGUAACAAGGCCACAUUCAGCGCAAUCGUCACACUGGAGCCAAGACGGAGGAAGUUCCACAAACCAAUCACCAUGACGAUCCCUAUUCCCAAGAGCUCAAAUAGUGACGCAUCAAGUGGAGUGUACAGUGGGGAGACACCCACCUUACGUUUGCUUUGCAGCAUUACAGGUGGAACCACUCCUGCCCAGUGGGAGGACAUCACUGGCUCCACGCCUCUCACAUUUGUUAACCAAUGUGUUUCUUUCACCACAAAUGUGUCAGCGAGGUUCUGGCUGAUUGACUGCAGACAGACCCAGGAGUCUGUUAGUUUUGGCUCUCAGCUGUACAGAGAGAUCAUUUGUGUUCCAUACAUGGCCAAGUUUGUGAUUUUUGCAAAGACGCUGGACCCCAUUGAGGCCCGCUUACGCUGUUUCUGCAUGACGGACGACAAGAUGGACAAGACACUAGAGCAGCAAGAGAACUUCACUGAAGUUGCCCGUAGCCGAGAUGUUGAGGUUAAAGCAGCCACAGUUCGCAUCAGCAGCACAGCAGGGCUGCGGCUCAUCUAG